UCAUCUUACCUCCUCAUGCAUGUAUAUCCUGCUUGCUUUCGACGUCUGUACCUUGCAAACUGACCCACACGGGGGAGCGCAGCCGGCUCCUGAUGGGGGCCUCGCCACGGGGAUCAUGAGGCCGAUACACUUUGCAUUUUGCAUCAGACCCGGUUUCCUGUCAACCAGUUCGCUAACGAGCCCAUUUCGAGGAAGCGUGGCCAUAUCAACGGAACAUUUCCCGUACCGCAUGUGCAAGACGGGCCUGCUCCCAGAGUACAUAUACCACCGCGUCAGCGAAGGAGGCUCUCCUCAUCCACUCCGGCUUCUACGAGCUCGAGCUCAAGUCAUCUAGGCCCCCGCCCUCCUUUCUUUCUCCUUCCUAUCGGGCCAGACUUUCUUCGCCAUGAAACUUCUCGCGCUCGUCUCUCUCUUCGCCGCAGUGUACUCGCCCGUGGCCGCCCUCUGGCCCCAACCUCGGACGAUCAACACCGGAAACAACACGCUUCGCCUCGCGCCUAACUUCCAGAUCAUCGUCUCUGGCCACGGCGUCCCCUCCGACGUCCAGGCCGCCGUCGGGCGCACCCAGUCGUACCUCGCCAAGGACAAGCUGGCCCGCCUCGUCGUCGGGCGCGGGGCGAGCGACGCGAAGUCGUUCGCCCAGGCGAAGACGCUCUCGAAGCUCACUGUCUCGCUCGAGAAGGGGGCAGCGUGGAAGCCCAUCACGAGCGAGGCGCAAAAGGCCCCCGCUGAUCGGGACGAGGCGUACCACCUGACCGUGCCCGCGGACGGCUCGGCGGCUACGCUGACGGCGAACUCCACGCUGGGUUUGCUGAGGGGUUUGACGACGUUCGGCCAGCUGUGGUACGCGUAUGAUGGUACGACGUACGCGAUUGAAACGCCUGUGACGAUUGAGGACUCUCCUGCCUACCCGUACCGCGGAUUCAUGCUCGAUACGGCGAGGAACUUCUUCCCCGUCGCGGACAUUAAGCGCACACUUGACGCCAUGAGCUGGGUCAAGCUGAACCAGUUCCACUGGCACGUCGUCGACAGCCAGUCCUUCCCUCUCGAGAUCCCCGGGUUCACCGACCUCGCCGCGAAGGGCGCGUACUCAUCAUCCCAGGUGUACAGCCCCAGUGAUGUGCAGGACAUCGUUGCAUACGCUGGCGCACGUGGAAUCGAUGUGAUGGUCGAGAUCGACACGCCUGGGCACACUGCGAUCAUUGCGGAGGCACACCCCGAUUUCGUUGCUUGUCCUGGCGCGACUCCCUGGGGGACCUACGCCAACGAGCCUCCUGCCGGUCAGCUACGCUUGGCCAACUCGACAGUGACCAACUAUAUCGCCGACCUCUUCACCGCGGCGUCGGAGUUGUUCCCCUCGACGCUGUUUAGCACGGGAGGCGACGAGCUGAACACGGCCUGCUACGAUAUCGAUGAGCCUACCCAGGCUGCCCUCAACGCGACCGGCAGCACGCUCGAGCAGGCGCUCGAUCAGUUCACCCAGGUCACCCACAAGGCACUCGAGGUCAAGGGGAAGACUCCCGCGGUCUGGGAGGAGAUGGUCCUCGUUCACAAUGUCACGAUUAGCAAGGAGAGCCCGGUCCUUGUUUGGAUCUCGUCUGAAAAUGUAAAGGCUGUUGCGGAGAAGGGCUUCAAGAUCAUCCACGCCGCCUCGGACUACUUCUACCUCGACUGCGGCCACGGCGCCUGGGUCGGCGACUUCCCUACCGGCAACUCCUGGUGCGACCCUUUCAAGUCCUGGCAGCUCUCCUACUCCUUCAACCCCACCGCGAACCUCACCACCGACGAGGCCGCGCUCAUCCUGGGCGGCCAGCACCUCCUGUGGGCGGAGCAAUCCGGCCCCGAGAACCUCGACGACACCAUCUGGCCCCGCGCCGCGUCAUCCGCAGAGCUCUUCUGGACCGGGCCCGGGGGCAACAUCAGCACGGCGCUCCCGCGUCUGCACGACGUGUCGUACCGGUUCCGUACCCGUGGCGUGAAGACGAUCUCGCUCCAGCCCGAGUGGUGUGCGCUGCGCCCGGGGGCUUGCGAUCUUACUGCGUGAGCGCUCGUAAAAAAAAGUGAACAACUGAGCCUGUCCUUACACUACUCGAAGCUUGUACCCGAACUACCUGUUUCAUAAUGAACAUGGUAAUGGCGUUGCCAUUCCUU